AUGGCGUCUCGUUUUGUGCCUCGUGUGUGUAACCAGGCUCGUGGAUAUGCCUCCCAGGCUGCUGUGCGCCCUCCGGUCCAGAUCGAGGGUCUAGCUGGCAAGUACGCUAUGGCUGCGUACACGUCGGCUCUCACCAAGGGUGAGAAGAACCUCUCGAAGGUGGAGUCUGACCUGAGGUACUUCCACGAUAUUCUCAAGUCCGACUCGCCUGACGCUUCGAAGCUGCGUUCGUUCCUCACCAACCCAACAGUAUCGUCGCAGACAAGGACGACGACCGUGAGCGAGCUACUUGCCAAGCAAAAGGGCGGUGCUGACGAGCUCACGUCGAACCUCUUUGACGCUCUCUCGCAGAACGGCCGUCUUGGUCUCACGGAAAAAGUGAUUGAAGGCUUCCUCGAGCUCACGAGCGCCCACCGUGGCGAGGUCAUCAUCACGAUCACAAGCGCCAAGCCGCUCGACAAGUCCAUCGCCUCGCGUCUCGAGUCGACUCUCAAGGGCUCGCAGUUUGCCUCGACGAACGGCGCCAAGAGCGUCAAGUUUGACUACAAGGUGAACUCGUCGCUCCAGGGUGGUAUCACGGUGGACCUCGGCGACCGUUCCGUCGAUCUCUCCGUUGCCAACCGUGUGAACAAGCUCAACGCUCUCCUGCGUGAGUCGAUCUAG